AGAAUAUAUUAAUUUUUUUAAAUUGAAUAAUUAAUGUUGAACAUUUAUUUAUUUUUAGUAGUAAGAAUAGAGGGAAGGAGUAAUAAUUUAUGGGAAAUGAUUAUGUUUGGUAAUGACGAGGCGGCCUCAAGACAAGUGCUAUUUAUGAGAAUUUGCCUGUUAUUCCUACCAAUCCAGCAAAUUGGUGUUAGAUGAUGGAGGUGGACAUCGCCGGCGAGGUGCCCUGUUCUUCCAUCGCCGUGGAUUCCGUGAUUCGCAUGAGCACCGCUGGCUUAAUAUGGGGCUCCUCUACUGCUCCUCAUGAUGCCAAUAAAUUAGGUCUUGCUGGCAUUCAUCGAGCUUCUUUUAUUGCUAAGUCAGUUGCUCGGUUUGGCGUUCAGUGGGGAAUGUUUGCUGCAAUAUUUUCUUCCACUCAGUGUGGGCUUCAGAGAUAUAGAAGGCGAAAUGAUUGGGUCAAUGUUUUGACUGCUGGUGUUGUAGCAGGGGCUGCUUUUGGUGCAGGCACCCGGAACUGGAAGCAGGUUGCCGGAGCAACAGGUCUUGUGUGUCUCUUGUGUCAUGUAGCUGAUGACUCCAGAUAAAUUGACUCUGAUUUGUUGUAAAGGGAGUACAACAGUCUGCAGUAGAAAGUUGAUGGACCCUUGUCUCAACCAUACCUGUCUGUGGAAGACUAACUAUGUCAUGUUGAUUAAGGAGCAAGGCGUAGCAGCAUGCUUCACCGAAUGGAAAAGAAAACUCAGCUAAUUGAAGUUCAUACACGAAUUAUGAUGUCGAUUUUGUAGGCCAUUAGGGAAAUAAACCUAACAUAUGAAUUAGGAAGCAUGUUAUUGCCUUAUUGAGAGUAAAUUCUAGAUAUGUGAUUUGCUGAAUCUGUUUUAAAAACUUAUACUCCUAGUUUGGGUAAUGUUUCAUCUUCGUCUCAACUUCUUGAA